AUGGACGUUGCAGACACUCCCGCGAGGAACAUAAGAUCCUCACAAAGCCCACGUCCAAGCCCACAACCCGAGGUGGGGGUGCACUCAACCUCGUUGUACGAGCUCACACUUGAACCUAUGGUCAAAGAGACUGUCGGUCAGCGCAACACGUCCGCUGUAAGGUUGGCGACGUUCGUCUGUGGUGGCGCGUCGUGGAGUGAAAUCUUGAACUUGACGAAGACAAAGAUCUUCGUCAAGUUCAAGGACAAAUGCCUUGGCCUUGCAGCUAGAGACGACAAUGGAGCAUGGACCAUCAUUGACGAACCCCUCAACGAGACAUACUUUGCUCGUAUGUUCUCACUACGAUCAGGCUCCCACGUCCGACGACUUGACAGCAACAGCUCAAUGGGGGACUGGCUCACAGCGAUGCGGUCGACUCGUGUUGGCCUAUCCAUCUACAAGUACGGCAAUAGUGUUGCGACGAAAGAGCAGUUGCUGGAGUUCACAGCGGUAUGUGUUGUUCCCGGGGUUCAGGAUCGUGGAGGUGCCCCAAGCGAAGAGACGAUCCAGCAGUACAUCGCAAAGCUCCGCGAGAAGUGGCAAGAGGCGUGGGAAGGCGACCGUCCAAUUUAG